UCUUCAGCUUCCUCUCUCUCUUUUUUUAUAAGACCUCUCCCUCUCUUCUACCUCUCUCUCAAUUCCAUCUCUCUCUCUCUCUUUCUAAUUCUUGUUUUGAAUCAAGUCAUCAUGGCUCAAGAAGAGAUACAGAAACCUGCUGCUUCGAUUCCGGUUAAGGAUGAUACUCCUGCGCCUGUUAAGGAGGUUGAGGUACCCGUUACUGCUGAGAAAGCUGUGGCUGCGCCUUCUGAGGACGAGGUGAAGCUGGCUGUGUCGGAAGAUGUGGCCGUGAAGGAGGAGGAAGUUGCGACGGGGAAAGAGAUCUUGCAAUCCGAGUCGUUUAAGGAGGAAGGCUAUUUGGCUUCUGAAUUGGCUGAAUCUGAGAAGAAUGCUUUGGCUGAGUUGAAGGAGUUGGUUAGGGAGGCUUUGAACAAGCAUGAAUUCACCGCGCCGCCUCAAGCUGAGGAGAAGAAAACAGAGGAAACAGAGGAAAAGAAUGAAGAAGUGAAAACAGAGGAAAAAUCUGUUGAGGCUGAAACCAAAACAGAGGACAAAUCUGCUGCUCCGGUAGAGACCAAGAAGGAAGAGACAGCUCCGAUCGUCGCAGAAACGAAGAAAGAGGAGACAUCCGUUGCUCCUGCUCCGGUCGCCGCAGAGACCAAGAAGGAAGAGAAAUCUGUCGCUCCUGCUCCGGUUGUUGCAGAGACAAAGAAGGAAGAGAUAUCAGCCGUUCCUACUCCGGUUGAGACCAAACCUGAUGCCCCAGUCACCACAGAGACCAAGGAGGAAGAGAAAGUCAUCCCAGUAGACACCACACCGGCUGCUCCGGUCACCACAGAGACCAAGGAGGUAGAGAAGGUCAUCCCGGUUGAAACCACACCGGCUGCUCCGGUCACUACAGAGACCACGGAGGAAGAGAAAGUCGCUCCAGUAGAGACCAAACCUGCUACUCCGGUCGUCGAGGAAACCAAGAAAGAAGAGAAAGCAACCACCUCUGCUCCGGUCAGGGCCGUCUCAAAAUUUAUUAAAGAUAUAUUUGUCUCCGUCACCUCUACCGAGAAAAAGAAGGAAGAAGAGAAACCAGCAGUUGUAACGAUCGAGAAGGCUUUCGCCGCUGAUCAAGAAGAAGGAACCAAAACCGUGGAAGCAACCGAAGAGUCGAUCGUUUCAAUCACUCUUCCAGAGACAGCUGCCUACGUAGAGCCGGAGCAAGUCUCAAUCUGGGGAAUUCCACUUCUUGAGGACGAGAGAUCCGACGUGAUCCUCCUCAAGUUCCUCCGAGCACGUGACUUCAAGGUCAAAGAAGCCUUCACCAUGCUGAAGAACACCGUCCAGUGGCGCAAAGAGAACAACAUCGACGACCUUGUCUCAGAAGACCUCGAAGGAAGCGAGUUCGAGAAGUUGGUGUUCACUCACGGUGUUGACAAACAAGGACAUGUCGUGAUCUACAGCUCGUACGGGGAGUUUCAGAACAAGGAGAUUUUCUCAGACAAAGAGAAGCUUAGCAAGUUCCUCAAAUGGAGAAUUCAGUUCCAAGAGAAGUGUGUGAGGUCUCUUGACUUCAGCCCUGAGGCUAAGUCAUCGUUUGUGUUCGUCAGUGACUUCAGAAACGCUCCUGGACUCGGUAAGAGAACAUUAUGGCAGUUCAUUAGACGUGCCGUUAAGCAAUUCGAAGACAACUAUCCAGAGUUUGUUGCCAGAGAGCUGUUCAUUAAUGUCCCAUGGUGGUAUAUUCCUUACUACAAAACAUUCGGAACUAUCAUCACAUCGCCAAGGACAAGGAGCAAGAUGGUCCUCUCUGGUCCAUCCAAAUCCGCGGAGACCAUUUUCAAAUACGUCGCUCCUGAAGUAGUUCCCGUCAUGUAUGGUGGACUGAGCAAAGAUAGCCCAUUCACCGUCGAAGAUGGAGUCACCGAGGCCGUCGUUAAACCCACAUCUAAAUAUACCAUUGAUUUGCCUGCUACCGAGGGUUCCACACUGUCAUGGGAGCUUAGGGUUUUGGGUGCGGACGUGAGCUAUGGAGCUCAAUUUGAGCCAAGCAACGAGGCAAGCUACACCGUGAUCGUCACAAAGAACAGGAAGAUCGGUUUAACUGAUGAACCUGUGAUUACUGAUUCUUUCAAGGCAAGUGAACCCGGAAAGGUCGUGAUCACGAUUGACAACCAGACCUCUAAGAAGAAGAAAGUGCUCUACAGGUCCAAAACCCAAGCAUAAGAUUAUGUCUCCCACCGAUCCUUGAAUGAACAAAUACAAAAUGGUUGGGAAUUUUAAUUAAUUUAAUUUAGUACGUUUAUUUAUUUAUGUAUUUUUUGAAACCUCAAAAGGGGA